AUGGCAGAGGCAAUUGCCGCCCUUGGCCUCCUUGCCAGCAUUCUUCAGCUUGUGGACUUCAGUGCGAAGCUCGUAGAUCGUGUCAAUGAUGUUGCGAUCAACACAAGGGAUGUUCCCGAAACGUUCCGGAACAUCUCAAUACAGUUGCCGCUUGCAAUUGCAGCACUGCAGAGAUUAUCCGGCCGUAUCGAAGGAAACGAACUCACUCACAGUGAAGAAAAGGCGCUGCAGGCACUUGUUGAUUGA